ACAGGUCGAGCUACACCAGGGAGAAAAAAAAAGGGGGGAAAAGCGAUAGAAAAUCCCAAGAAAUUUCUCCAAACGCUACUCCAGGAUCUUCACAGGGAACUCGAGUUAUCAAAGCAAAACAUCUAAGCUUCAAAGAUUGCCACUUUUGAGGUCAACAAAUGCUUGUGUGAUUUUACAUGGCUUCAGAAAUCCUUUCUAGCUCCUUCUUCAACAAGAAUGUUUUUCCAUGCAGCCCAAUCCCAGUUGCUUCACAAGGGUUUGCACAAUCUAGGAUUUCAAGACUACAUUUUGCAAAUUCAAGAAGCAAUAGAAGCUACCAAACAAAGAUUUUCACAGUGAUGCAGGAAGAUAGGGCUUCAACAGUGAAAGAUGACUCUAAGAUGAAAAUUCCACAUGUUUUGACUGUUGCUGGCUCUGAUUCAGGAGCUGGGGCUGGAAUACAAGCUGAUCUUAAGGCUUGUGCAGCACGUGGAGUUUACUGUUCCACAGUGAUUACUGCUGUUACAGCACAAAAUACUGUUGGGGUUCAGGGUGUAAACAUUGUGCCUGAGGAUUUUGUUGCAGAGCAAUUGAAAUCUGUGCUCUCUGACAUGCGUGUUGAUGUGGUGAAAACAGGCAUGCUUCCUACUAUUGGCAUAGUCAAGGUUCUUCAUCACAGUCUCAAGGAGUUCCCAGUUCAAGCUUUAGUGGUCGAUCCUGUCAUGGUGUCUACAAGUGGAGAUGUACUGGCUGGUCCUUCCAUUCUUGCUGCAUUUCGGGAGGAACUUCUUCCCAUGGCUGACAUUGUAACCCCAAAUUUGAAAGAGGCAUCUGCUUUACUUGGUGGUCUACAACUGGAGACUGUUUCUGAUAUGUGUACUGCUGCAAAAUUGAUACAUGAUAUGGGCCCCCGAAAUGUACUUGUUAAAGGUGGUGAUCUCCCUUCUUCAUUGGAUGCUGUUGAUAUUUUCUUUGAUGGUGAUGAUUUCUAUGAGCUGCGCUCAUCACGCAUAAAAACUCGGAAUACCCAUGGAACUGGUUGCACUUUGGCUUCUUGUAUAGCAGCUGAGCUAGCAAAGGGUUCUCAAAUACUAUCAGCUGUCAAGAUAGCUAAACACUAUAUUGAAACUGCCUUGGAUUACAGCAAAGACAUUGCUAUAGGAAAUGGGUUUCAAGGCCCUUUUGACCACCUACUGAAGCUUAAGAGUAAUAUCCGCAAUUCCUUCAGGCAGCAGGCAUUCAAUCCAGCCAACCUAUUCUUGUAUGCUGUUACAGAUUCAGGGAUGAAUAAGAAGUGGGGUCGUUCCAUUACAGAAGCUGUUAAAGCUGCCAUAGAAGGUGGUGCUACCAUUGUUCAGCUGAGGGAGAAGGAUGCUGAAACACGAGACUUUCUGGAAGCAGCCAAAGCAUGUGUAGAAAUUUGUCACUCCCAUGGAGUACCUCUAUUGAUAAAUGACCGAAUCGAUGUUGCCCUUGCCUGUGACGCUGAUGGUGUGCAUGUUGGCCAGUCUGAUAUCCCUGCUCGUGUCGUCCGCACACUUCUUGGGCCCGAAAAGAUUAUUGGGGUAUCAUGCAAGACACCAGAGCAAGCCGAGAAAGCAUGGAUCGAUGGUGCCGAUUACAUUGGCUGUGGUGGCGUAUAUCCAACUAAUACAAAAGCAAACAACAUUACUGUUGGCUUGGAUGGUCUGAAAACUGUUUGUUUAGCUUCCAAGUUACCCGUGGUUGCCAUUGGUGGCAUCAAUGCUUCAAAUGCUCGUACCGUGAUGGAAAUCGGCGUCCCAAAUUUAAAAGGUGUUGCAGUUGUAUCUGCUCUGUUCGACAGGGAAUGUGUUUUGACUGAGACCCAGAAGCUGCAUGGAGAUCUGACACAGGCAGCAGCAAUGGCAAAAUAAAAGAUGAUCAGAAACAUGGCUGUUUUAUUAUGACACUAAUUAUGAAGUCUCUGGAGUCUGUUUUGUUAAUUAUGAUAGUAGAAAUUAAAUAAUUUAAAUAAUUGAAAUUAUUGGAUUAAUUUUAA